GACACCUUACCAUCGAGUGGCGACUGGGCCACCAAAACUAAACCCGUUCGCCUUUCCCCAUUGUUUGGUCUUCCCCUUCGUUUCUUGCCGCGUUUCCUCUCCAUCUCCCCAUCGAAGAAUCGGAGAGGAGAUCCAUCAUCCAUGGUUGGAGGAGUUCCCAAGAUGCAGAAGACCUCGCCGCCCACUUACGCCCCCAACCCCGCCUCCUCACCGUCGGCCUGGCCCCAGGCGAUGGAAUCCCCCGCGCCGCCGAUCAGAUCGGCAGCGGCGGCGCCAUCUUCCAGUCCCUCCCCGGCCGCCCGCACCGCCGACCUGGUUUCUCGGUUCAAAGAGCAGGGAAAGGCCCUGAUCGCUGCUCAGCGCCCCUGGCCGCAGCUCCUCAAUACCACCGCCCUCUCCCGUCCCGCCAACGCCGGCGAGGCCGUCGCCCGCCUCCGCCGCAACCUCGCCUACUUCCGCUCUAACUACGCCCUCUUCGCGAUUGCCGCCCUCUCCGCCUCCCUCCUCUGGCACCCCGCCUCCCUGGUCGCCUUCGUCGCCCUCGUCGCCGCCUGGUUCCUCCUCUACUUUUCCCGCGACCAGCCGCUCGUCCUCUUUGGGCGCCUGAUUGACGACGGGACUGUCCUUGGAGCCCUCUCCGUAGCCACGGUCGUCGCCCUACUGUUUUCCGACGUGGGAUCGACUGUCUUCGGAGCCAUCAUGGUGGGGGCGGCGCUCGUCUGCUUGCACGCGGUGUUCAGGGCAACGGAUGAUCUGUUUCUCGAUGAAGCAGAGGUUGCAAACGGCGGAUUGGCUGUCCCUGCGUUUGGGAUUCCAGUGCAGCCGCAGGCCUAUGUUCGGAUUGUGUGAUCGUGCUUGCUUGGAAUUGGGGCAUUCUCGGAUACCAUUGUGCUGUUUCAAGAUGAUAUUGCUGAUUGUUCGUGUUGAUUGCUUGGUUUGUUGUGACUGAUACUGUGGCCCUGCACUGCUUCAUCUCUGGAGCUGUCUCUGCCAGAGCGCAUAGGUAUAUGAUUGCUUUCUUCUGUUAUAUCUUUCUACCUUUUAUGGUCCUGUGGAUGCAUUGUUGUGGAUCAUUUUGUGUGGCAUUUAUAUGGUGAUGACAUUGUUAUUAGUCAGAUAGAUAUCAAACAUUAAAGCUUACUGUUUGCCUUUUUUCA